CUCACCCGACUCCACAUAAAGAGACGCUGAGACAGCGAGCGGCUCCGAGAAGAGGCGAGAAAUGAGUAGCAGAGCCUUCGGUCUCCUGCAACAAUGGCGGAUUUCGUCGUCCAAGCCGCCUCGGGGAAGGAUUAGAGGGAUUUCUCGGCUCUCUGGAGGUUUGGAAGUGCGAACUAGCUCUUCCCUAUUUUUGAGCCAGCGUUUGCAAUCAGCAACCACUGAAGCUGCUGACAGGGAUCCUCUAAGAUCUCACAACAGGAAUGGAAACAGCAUUAUGGAUGAACCUUUGCCAAAACAUAAAACAACUGGGGCUUUUCAGCAGCUGCCUAUGGUAAUGCCAUCCGUGGAUAUACUUUCCUCAGCACAAAGGAAAGCUAGGCAUGUAUCUCCUACUAAGGGGAUUCAUAACAUAGCAAAGCGAGAGAGAAAUAGAGGUGCAAAGCAGCUUGAUGCACUAAUGAAAGAAUUAGCUGUUCCUUUAAGAAAAUACAUGGAAACCUUCCCCAACAAGCGAUAUCUACAUCCAUAUGAGAGAUCUCUUAUUGAACUGACUUUCGGUGAUGGCAACUAUGAAGAGAUCUUAGGAAGAGUCGAUGCUCUUAGGAAAAAAGUUGUUUCCGUCGGAAAGCAACAUGCAUCUCUUUGUGCUCAGUCCACAUCAAAGCGUGAAGCAGAAGAGCGACUAAAUGAGGGACUCAAGAAGCUUGAGGAAGUUUUCCAAUUUGGAAGAACUGCCGUUGAUGAUUUGUUAAAUGUUGCUAAGACACUGCGUGCUAUGCCAGUGGUGGAUCCACAGACACCUACGCUUUGUCUUGUUGGAGCGCCUAAUGUGGGGAAAUCAUCACUAGUACGGAUUCUAUCAACAGGGAAACCAGAGGUUUGCAAUUACCCUUUCACCACUAGAGGAAUUCUGAUGGGUCAUAUCAUCUUAAACUAUGAGCGUUUCCAGGUAACCGACACUCCAGGUCUUCUUACAAGACAUGAUGAUGACAGGAACAAUAUAGAAAGGUUAACAUUAGCUGUCCUUUCUUAUUUGCCGACUGCUGUACUGUAUGUUCAUGAUCUAUCUGGAGAAUGUGGGACAUCACCGGAUGAUCAGUUCACCACAUACAAACAAAUAAGGGAAAGAUUCAAAGAUCAUCUUUGGCUUGAUGUCGUCUCUAAAUGUGAUCUCUUGCAAGAAUCUCCUGAUGGCACUUCAGCUCCAGAUGAAACCGGUAGAUAUAAAAGGUUCGGACCUGACGGCUCCAUCCACGUUUCAGUAAAGAGCGAACUAGGCAUCGAUGAGCUAAAGGCCAAAGUUCGUGACCUGCUUCUCUCCCAAAUGGCUCGGAUCGGAAGUCAGAAGAACGCAGACAUAGAGGAGGCAUCAUAAAGGUUGAAUGCUCCUCUGCGUUUUGUUUGUACUAAUUAAAAUGUUUCACAAUCAUCUCAAACAUAUUAGUUUGAUUUUGUUCAAGGAUGCAUGGCAGUUUAUUGAAAUGAUGUAAUGAGAAAAAAUUCUGUAACACAAGUAUUUUUGGAUCAAUAAUUUUGAAUCAA